AUGACCUUUUUCUUAGGUCUUGAGGUUCAGCAACAAAAAUCAGGUAUCUCAAUUUGUCAAAGUAAAUAUAUUGCUGACAUGCUUGUUAAGUACUCUCUCAGCGACUGCAAACUGGCUUUUACUCCGGUGUCCAAGACUGAUAAGCUACACGCUGAUCCCACCAGCACUGAUGUUAAUCACUCUCUUUAUCGAGGAAUGAUUGGAUCUCUUCUCUACCUCACUGGCACUCAGAACUUGGCAUUGUGGUACCCUCGUGACUCGGCACUUAAACUCUUUGGAUACACUGAUUCCGACUAUGCAGGAUGCAACUUAGACAAGAAGAGCACGUCAGGUGGAUGUCAUUUCCUUGGAAAUCGACUAAUCAGCUGGUCUAGCAAGAAGCAAACCUCAGUAGCUAUCUCCACUGCAGAAGCUGAGUAUGUUGCAGCUGGGAGAUGUUGUGCUCAACUCUUAUGGAUUUAG